UUGAAAGACAUGUUCAUAAUGUGAAUUGAUAGUAUUUAAAAACAAUGUCGCGUUGUGCCAAACUAAUAGUAGCUAUUUUAUUAUCUGUAACGUGUGUAGGAUGUUUAAUAAAAUUGUGUGUUAACUUAUGGGAUGAAAUUAAUACUAGGGAGCUUAACGAAGUUGACUUAUGGCUUGAUCAAAAUAAUCUUUCACAAUACAAGGAAAUAUUCAAAUCGAUAGGUAUAUCAACACUCGCGCAAUGCGGUAUAGUGGCCGAUCUACCAGAAUUACCUGCGCCAGAUGAACAAAGAUUGCAACGUGCAGCUGCCUUACUUCAACAAAGGCUUGUUUUACGUCAAUGGCUCAAUCGACAUAAACUGGAUCAACACUAUCCACGCUUAGCUGGUCUAGGCCUAAUGAGCUUAGAAGACGUAUACUGGUUAGAAGAUACAGUUGCACGGCAAGCAAUUGGAAAGGAUUUAGCUUUAUGGACGGAAGCACGUGCCUCGUUACCUAGUUCAAAACCACAAUUAGAAUCAUUAAAAGCUGACCUCUGGUCUGAAGUUGUUAAAGGUAGUCAACAUCAAGACGCUUGGACAUGGGGAGGGAUGCUGGUAGUUUCAGUGUCUGUAGCAGGUUUAGUAACCCUUGCAGCAAUGACACAACCAGCUUUAGCUCCCGAAGCAAAGCAUUCAUUGUUACAAUAUGUUACGGGGAAAUAUUUAUUACCAGCAAAUUGUCGUGUUUCAUUUCAUUGGUCUGAUCCACAUCCUGUAGGUCGUACCGUUUGUUUUACAGUUAAAUUUUUUCAACGUAAUGGACAACCAUAUCCAAUCUGUGAUACUGAUCAAUUAUUUAUCGAAGUUUCUGAAGGAACGAGAAAAAUUGCCACAUUGUCGGAGCUUGGUUCGCCAACCGAUCCAAACAGUGCAAAUAUUGCAAAGAUCAAGUUUAUGGUACGUCAUGCUGGCCAAUAUCGUAUAUCGGUGAUGAUUGGUGAUUCGCAUGUACAAGGUAGUCCGUUUGUCAAAACGUUUUUGCCUGGACCAACAGAUGCGAAUAAAACACCAGUUUUACGGCAUAGCAGUACGGUUGUGUGCACUGUUGACGUAACACAUAUUUUACAUAUUGAACCACGAGAUGAAUACAGUAAUGUUUGUAUUUUUGAAGAAAAUGAGGAUCCAACACAGGGUUAUAAUGUAAAUAUAACAUUAUUAGGGGAGGAAAUCCGUUCACCGGAAUUUGAUCCGACACAUAAGAUAACAUUAGAAUAUGACUGGGGUGAACGUCGAUUAAGUAUUCAAGUACGUUUUACAUUAGAAGGUUGUUAUCAUGCCACAAUUGCAUAUCAAGGCCAAGAAUUACAAAAUGGUGAUUUUGAUAUUAUUGUGUUAACAACACAAGAAGCAGCUGUUGUACAUAAAAAUGUGGUAACAAAAAAUCCUAAUGUAUGUUAUGAAGCAAAAUUAAUUAGCCUAAAUGGUGAAAGAUUAACAAAACAUCGUAAAGUUUUUUGUUAUGUUUCACCGAAACAAUUAACUGUUAAGGAAUUAAUUUUAAAAUUUAUACCAAAACGUUUGGUUACAUUUCGUCUUUGUCCUUCGACCAAGUUUCAUUUUCGAUCUCAACAAUCAAACAAUCAACAAUUUUCGAACGGUUAUCAUACAUUUAUUAUUGAUGAUGGCUGCCAACCUCAAGUUGAGCUAACAUCACGUGAUCGUAAUGUAAUUGCGGCAACAUUUACACAAUUUUUAUUGAAGAAUAUUGGUGGUUCGGAAAAAUUUAAAGAUAAACAAGAUUUCUUUUAUCAUGAAAUACGAAAAUAUCAUCAAAAACAUUAUCAUGAAAAAUUAACGAUGAAAGUGAACCGUGAUAAAAUAUUGGAAUCAAGUAUGAAAGCAACGAAAAAUUUUUCCGUAUCAGAUUGGUGUCGUAAUUUUGAAAUCACAUUUAUUGGUGAGCAAGGUAUUGAUUGGGGUGGUGUACGCCGAGAAUGGUUCAGUUUAUUAUGUAGUCAAUUAUUUGAUGCACGUCAUGGUUUAUUUAAAAGUUUUCAUGAAGGGCAACAAGCAUUAGUGCAUCCAAAUCCAAAUCGUCCACCACAUUUAAAAUUAAAACAUAUGGAAUUCGCUGGUAGAAUUGUUGGUAAAUGUUUAUAUGAAAGUGCACUUGGUGGAUCUUAUAGACAACUUGUUCGAGCUCGUUUUAGUCGAUCAUUUCUUGCACAGAUUAUUGGUUUACGUGUCCAUUAUAAGUAUUUCGAACAAGAUGAUCCGGAUUUAUAUUUAAGUAAAGUAAAAUAUAUCUUAGACAAUAAUAUGGAUCAAGUUGAAACAGAUUUAUAUUUUGUGGAAGAACAAUACGAUGAAGGUGGUCAAUUAACUAAAACUGUUGAAUUAAUAUCAAAUGGCUCUAAAAUCAAAGUAACCGAUAAUAAUAAACGGCAAUAUUUAAAUUCAUUAGCACAAUAUCGUUUAUCCACGAGUGUACGAGAAGAAGUUGAUGCAUUCCUAAAAGGAUUAAAUGAUCUCAUUCCAGAUAAUUUAUUAAGUAUUUUUGAUGAAAAUGAACUUGAACUUUUAUUGUGUGGUACGGGUAAUUAUUCAAUAGCAGAUUUUAAAGCUCAUCAUGUGAUAAAUGGUAAUUCUAGUGAAUUUCGACGUACUCUUGGAUGGUUUUGGGCUGCUGUUGGUAAUUUUACACAAGAGGAAAUGGCUCGAUUAUUACAAUUUACGACUGGUUGUGCACAAUUACCACCUGGUGGUUUUCGUGAAUUAAAUCCUAAGUUUCAAAUUACUGCUGCUCCCACUUUUGGUAAUUUACCCACAGCACAUACUUGCUUUAAUCAACUCUGCCUGCCUGGCUAUGAAUGUUAUGAACAUUUUGAAAAAUCCCUACUUCUUGCAAUUAGUGAAGGUGCUGAAGGAUUCGGCAUGGUAUAAAAUCAACAAAUUUUUCGAAAAAAAAUAAGAAAAGCUUUACCAUAAUAAUUAUAUAUAUGUAUAAUAAAUCGCCGUAAUAAAAAAAUUGCACUUAAUUUAGUAAACAUAGAGUCCA